GCAGUAAACAAACAUGGCAGCUCUGCAAAAGAUGGAAAUGUUUCUCCUUUUGAUGCUGAUUACAUGUCAAAAUGCAUACUCUUUUAUGGAUAUUGAUGAGCUUAAAUCUGUUUAUUAUGGUCUGGAUAUCUUGAGUGAGCCAGUCGUCAUAAAUAAAGUAAGUUGUCAAAUCUACUGUAACUAAACAGAUUUACGAAAACUAGAACUACUAAGAAAUGGCCAGGCUGGAGCUGCAGCUGAGUGUCAGUGUAGUGCAGUGACUGUUUUUGUGUGAUCACCACGGGACGGUCACGGCAAGGAUACAUUUUAACUAUUAAAAUUGACCCUGGCACCUGGCUUUAUACACGGCAGAGUGAGAUUCAUUAUUAAGUUUAGGUUGUGGCUAUUGGUAGCUUUUCUAGGUCUAGGCCGUCUAGGGAGCUAUUUGACUAUACUAUCACUAUAACUGAACUGUUUCAAACUAUUUGACUAUUUGUAGUAAAAACUACCAAUAGUAAUAGCUAUUACAAAUACUAAACAAAUUUUGGAUGAUACAUCACACCCUCUUCAUCACAGAUACUUAGGAUCGGCCCGUUCGGGACAAAUUCUUUCUCUCAGGGCGAGGACAGAAAAAUAUUUACCCAGAAGUGCAUUGACAGGUUGGAGGCGGUCCAGCAACGAGCAGCACGCUUUGUCCUAAACGGCUACAGGAAUACAUCCAUUGCUGACAGCAUGCUGGAAACACUAGGCUGGUCACCAUUGGAGGAACGACGACGACAAUCCAGGCUCUCCAUGAUGUACAAGAUAAAUAAUGGGCUGGUCCACUAUUCCAGUAUUAAACAGAAACUCAUCCUUCUCCCCCAUAGACAGCGACGAGGCCAUGACAGGCAAUUCAGGCUCAUACCAGCAAGAAGCCAGUAUAGGAGCUGGUCAUUCCUGCCUAAGACAAUCAGGGACUGGAAAAUCUUUUAAAAGGAACGGUUGAGGCACAACACUAGACACAUUUGUGUCUAUUGCCUCAAGCCUUCAAACCCCAAGUGCUUGAUUCCCUCACAAAGUGGCACUGGAAAUUUGUGAAAUUUCCUCAUCAACACCAGGCACAGAGACACGAAAAAUCACAUCUACAUGCAUAGGAGCCAAAAUAAUCAAUAAAUUUAUCGUGGGCCCUUAAGAUAUAGAAGAAGAAGAAGAUGUGCAUUUCCUUGACCUCGGCUGCUUUGCCUUUCAUAAAAUAGGUUUUGAAGAGUUAGGCUUAUGAUGUGAAAUCCUUAGUUCUUUAAUUUAAAAAGAAAAGAAUUUUUCAGUUUAACUAGGUGUCAAAAAUUACAGGAUCUCUCAAUCACAUUGUUUAAAACAUUUUUGAAAAUUUAAUAGUCACUUAAAAUUAAAGAUAAAGCAUGACUGAUGGAAGCUUGUACACGUUAACGCUCAUUAUGCCGGUACAAUGUUUGCUAAACUCACAGUUGUUGCACCAUAUGAAGUGUGCUUUAGUUUAUUGCAUAUCUUAAAUAAGUUCUCCUUAAUCACUGUUUCAAAAUUUUACACUGAGUUCUUUCUGAAGUAAAAAUUACAAAACAUCUUUUACUUAAAAGUCUUUUUUUAUUAUGUAGGAUGUACCAGUUGGAGCUGUUCACGUGACAUCAAAAUAUGGCCAGCAGUAUCAGUGUACAUUUCCAGACCACAGCACUGCUGAGAGAAAGAAAGAACAAGAAGAAAAAAUAGCCAUUGAAACUGGGAUAGUUGAUAUGUUAAAGCCAAUCGGACUUAAAGAUUGUCUUUUUAAAGUAGGUUGGAUAUUAUUUUCAGAAUUUUAAAGCCCUUGUUUCUUUGGAGCGGCAUGUAAAAUUUUAUUUUAAAACCCAGGAAUAUUCUCAAACUUCUACAAAUCCCUCCCCCACUCCACACCAUGAGCAAAUUAAUAUAUUUAAUUUUAAUUAUUAUUCAUUUAUUUAUAAAAAAUUCUGUGUCAUUAUAAACAUAAUAUAAUCUUAUAUUGUAUGCUUCUAGUCAAAAGAUUGGUGGAGCUAUGAAUUUUGUUAUGGGAAGUACAUCAGGCAGUUUCACAUGGAAGGUAAAAAUCAGUUUUCCACAGUUUCGUACACUAAAUAUUAAUUAGUCAUAAUCAUGUGAAAUGCUUACUUAUAUAUUUUGGUAGGUCUAAACUUAGUCUCUAAUAUUUUUCAAUGUGUUGACAUUUAGCUGUUCCUCCCAUAAUUUUCAUUCAUACAAAAAUGCUUUGGUAAAACAUUCUGCUUCGUUUGUGGAUCCACAGAUGGUGAAAUUAAAGGAAAUAUCAUUUACUUGGGUUAUUAUGAAAGUGAUUUUGACUGGACUAAUGCAACUGCCAGGGUAUGUUGCAGGAUAAAGUCUAAAAUGUUUGAUAUUGCUUUGAAUUGAUUUAAAACUUGGUGUCAUAUUAAUUUGUGAUGGAGUGAAGGAAUUGAGUGCUGAGUACUUUUGUAUUAAACCAAUCAUUAUUUUAACAUUAACAUAGCUGUUUUUUUUAAAUCUUCCUUGUGUUGUUUUUUUUUUAUAAUUUACUUAACUUGGAUUAAUGAUUUAGAAUGAGUUUUGCUACCAAGAUAAAUCCAACUUAAUUGCAGUAUUCAUUAUUUCCAGGAAGACCGGUUGAAGAGCAAAACCACCCUCAAUCGGUAUCAUUCUCAGCUCUAUACACUGGGCACAAAAUGUGACCUCACCAGUCAAAUGAGGAAAGCAGAAGUCAGGGUUAGACUAAAAAAAUUUACAUUUGUUAUUGCUCAUCUUUAUUUUUCCUCUGGUUCAUAAAACAAAUUUAUUUUAAAACCACUUUAAUAAUAAUAAUAAUAAUAAUACAGCUAGUGCUCGACUUACAACAACGAUCGGAUCAGACGGACCAGUCUUAAUACGAUUUGGUCGUAAGUUGAGUACGCUAUGUGUACAGUAAUGUGAAGUGAUGUUAUAAAAAUAUUUAAGUUAAAUUAUUUCAUAAAUUUCUUUUAUUAUUGUUAUAAAUCAUAAUUUUUGAAGUUAAUUUUAUGCCAUCAUCUCUAAACCAUUUUGUUUCUUAUUUUUACAUCAUCAGGUUUAAGAAAAACACUGCAUUAACUGUGCAUGUACAACCGGUUUAAUAUUUGCAAAACAUACAAAAUAAAGGUGUGGAAAAUACUAUAGGAACAUUUUCCUAAUCGCAAAACACAUCAAACUGCCAUUAACAUCAAAAUAUAUAAACAUGUACGAAACAUUUUAUUGGCCACUGGUGCUUGGCUGCAGAUCAUUAAUGUUGUCAUCUGAGGCAGCAGUUGGGGCAGAAAUAAAUCUUAAAUCUAAUAUGACUAGUGAUUGUGGUCAUAAAGUCGAAUGUUCGUAAGUUGCAUAGGUCAUAAAUCGAGCACUAGCUGUAAUAUUAAUGGGCAUAAGAUUUGAUUAAGCUUACCAGAUCCUUUAAUUUAUUUAUCAUCGUGAAUACUUAUGAAAAAGGGGGAAGGAAUUUGUCAAAAUUCAACCAUUUUUAUUGUCUGUUUUUUUGUUUCUUGUGCUUCAUUGAUUAAGGUUUUGUUUUUUUUUUGACACUUUUUUUUACCUUCUGAUCAAUCUCUCUACCCUGUUGAAAAUUAAAUGGAGUAGUACUGUGUUUAAGUAACUUACAAAAUUAAAUAUAAAGCACAAGGUUUUGUGUACCAUGAAUUUGAACAAAAGAAUGAGGAUAAGUCUGCUUAAGCAAGCUUAAGACAAAGGUUAAAGAAUGUGAAUUGAAAGAAAAUCUAUAAUUGGGGAGGUAGAAAUUAUCAACAACAAAAAAGAAGCAAAGUAAAUGUUAUUCUGCACUAAAGUUUAUUAUUCUUGAGGCAUGUUAGUUAUUUAACUGGAUAAUGCAAGCAUUGGUUGUGUGAACAAAUGUCCUGAAGAUAUAUAUGUCUUUGUGCAGCUAUAUUUCUUCUGUGUUCUCAUUUAUUAAGUUGUGGGUGCACAACUACGAGGAAGUUCCAGUAAGGUGCCAAUAAAAUAUUACAUUUUAAAAUUUUGUUUUAUGUAACAGUGUGUUUUCUUGGUAAUGGCCACACAAAAUUUUCUUUUAAUUGAAGCAACCCUGAACAUGAUGAUCUUUUUUAUUCUCUCAUUAUGUAGUUUGUGUGUGAAGAGAACUCUGAGGACUAUUUGUCUCGUGUUGAUGAAUCAGAGACCUGUGUGUACACCGUCACUGUCAUGACGUCCAGGAUCUGCCGACACCCCUAUCUUAAAGCACCCAUCAAAAGGAAACCUGUGCCCAUCACAUGCAAUCCCUUGUUGAGUGAAGAUCAGUACCAGGAUUAUGUUGCAGAAAAGGAAGGUAAGAUUAGAGCUAACUAAUUUACUUUAAAAAUUAUGCUACUAUUUUAAUUAUACUCGAUAAUUAGAAAUGUCUUGUUAUUCCAUUUUGAAUGUUUAAAGUAAUUAUCUAUUUGAUUUUUUUUAGUGGACAUUAACAGUUUAGAUGAUACCCAGUAUUCAAGUCUCACAGCUUAAUUAGCUGAUAGGCUAAUACAUUUUAUUUCAAAUUUCCUUCUCAUAGUUAUUAUUUUAUACAUUUUGCAAAAUUACUUUUUUACAUUGCAAGUUGGUUGAAAUUAAAAAAUCAUUUCAUUUUGCAAAAUUUUAAAUAAAUAAUUAGGUAUAGAGGUUAAUUUUUUUCAAUUUCAGAGGAAAAAAUGGAAGAAGAAAGGAGAGCCGCAGAAGCCAAAACUGCACUUCAAAGAGAAGGUACUGAAUGCAACUUGUGAUUAUAAAUGUUUAAACCAUCUUUGUUUUCUACUAUGUCGAAUACCAAAGAAACCCUUUUCUUCUUGUCACUUUAACAUGAUUAAAAUAAAGUUAUUGAUUCAUUUUUUGUGCUGUCAAUAGUUGAUUUUAUUUUUAUUUCAUUGUUUCACUGUUUAUUAUAAAAUGAAGACAUACAAGUUUAAUAAAUAAAUUUGUAAAUAUAAAUGGUAACUUUAUCAUUUAAAUCCUGUGCUUUGUGAAGUAACUUAUGUUAAUUGCCAGAAAAGCUUGCCAUUAUUUUAAAAAUAUUUCAUUCCCACAGAUGAGUUAUCUCCUGCUGACUUGGAGACUGAACUGAAAGAAACUUUAGCCAAUGAGUUGUCUAUGGCUGCCAAGGAACUGUUGGGUAAAGCUUAAGAUUGUUUUAACUGAAAUGAGUAUUAUUUUCUUUUUUGAAAAAAAAAAUUCUUGAGAAACUGAUGAGAAAUUUUUUCCUUUGACUUUUAGUUUAAAUAUUUUUUAAAGUUGAAACAUUUAAGCCAUAUUUCUAGAUUCUAUUACACGCAUAUAAAUAUUUAAGUUAUUUUUUUUUUAAAUUUAAAUCUUAAAUCUAGUCUUCUGUAAAUUUUAUUAUUAACUGUUAUUGUUUUAGCUGCUUCUGCAAAGAGAGAUGCAUCAUUUCCAACUGGAGACAGCAAGGCUAUGAGCAAGGGGGAGUUUGAGAAAAUAUUUGGGUGGGUUGAAUUAUACAUUGAUUAAGACUUUUAAAUUCUUAUUUCUGAGCAGUAUAUAAAUUUUAUGUGUCAUGCUUUGUACUGUGCAUUAGGUGAUAUACAGUAAUCAAGUUUAUGCAGUCCUAAACUAUAGCAAGAGUUUUUGAUAAAAUCAUCAACCUUUAAAAUCAAUCACUAAUCUAACUCAUACCAUCUGUCUUGGCUGAGUCAAGUCACUUUUUAAAAAAAUGAGUUGCUACUAUUUGGAAUAGAGCAGAUCGCAAUAUUGAACUCUUCUGAAACAAAGUGUUAGCUAGCUAGCCAUGACUAUUUAAGGAAGAGUGUUAGGUGGCCUACCUGAGUUGCUUUUCUUUCAAGAUGGAUUUUUAUUAAAAAUUUGUUUAAGUUAAGUGCGAGCACUACAAGAUUGCUUGUUUGCUGGCUUAGUAGGGAUAAAAUAAAUUUGAGGAAUUCUGAGUUGUUGUUUUUUACAUCAAAACAUUUCAUUUUUAGAGUUCUCAAUAUAUUAACUAUGUCUGAAAUGAAUUGUGAUAUGUUAUCAAAUUCAUUACAUGCUUUAGAAUGCCGGUUUUAAAUGCUUAAAAAAGCUCUCUCUUCCCCACCUCCUAUCGUGAGCCAAUAUUAAAUACCACUAUUUAAACCUUGGUUGUUGAACAUUUCAACUGGUGACAGCCAUGAAGAACAAAGACUGUUUACUUUAUUUUUAUCCUGCCACUUGAUUUCCUUUUAUCAAAAUUUGCUUUUGUCCCCAUUUCGAGCAAUGAGCCUUUAAUGCAGUGUAUAUUUUCGUAUUAUUUGAUCUUCAGUACCGAUGAUACCCUUUGGCAGCUCUACCAGCGUGGGUUGGACAUUACCAAAAAGCAGAAUGAAUUCAAGGAACUUGCUGCAAUUGACAAACUGAAAGCCAAUCAGAAAGGAGAGACGCAAGAAGAUCAACAAAGACUGUUUACUUUAUUUUUAUCCUGCCACUUGAUUUCCUUUUAUCAAAAUUUGCUUUUGUCCCCAUUUCGAGCAAUGAGCCUUUAAUGCAGUGUAUAUUUUCGUAUUAUUUGAUCUUCAGUACCGAUGAUACCCUUUGGCAGCUCUACCAGCGUGGGUUGGACAUUACCAAAAAGCAGAAUGAAUUCAAGGAACUUGCUGCAAUUGACAAACUGAAAGCCAAUCAGAAAGGAGAGACGCAAGAAGAUCAGAAAGUAGAACAGGAAGAGGCUGCAGAUGAAGAUGAAGAAGUUCUUGAAGAAUUUAAGUCUGGUAAUAAUCAUUCCAAUUUCACUACAUAAAGUUGUUGCUUUUGAAACAUAUAGUUUUUUUUAAAUUAAAACUGAUAUAUUCGCUUUUUGACUUAAAAGUUUUGUAAAGAUUAUCUGGUAUUUGUUAAUGGAUUUACAUUUAUUUUUAGUUAAUAAAUCAAAUUGUAUGUUGACAUUCCCAACACCUAUAAAUAUAAUAAUUUAAUUUGUUAAAUAUUAAUUUAUCUCUACUUUGCUUAACUCAUAUUUCCUCUGGCAGUUCUACUUCCGUACUUAAUUAAUUUUCAUGAGAAAAGGGAAGCAACUCAGUUUUGAAAUCGAUUUACAUUUUUAAAAUAUUCUUUUAAGCUGCUAAAUAUUAAUAAAUUUUAAUGAAUUAAGGACGAAUGCAUAAAAAAAUGAAUAAGGUUUAAUAAAAAAUAUAACAUAAAGGACAAUAGCCAAAAGUCUCGAGGGAGCGAGAUUUCAUUGCCAUUUUUAACUAAAACCUAGAGAGGUGUGUCAAAACCCCCAAAGGACUCAUUUAGACGCAACUGCCUGGAAUGAGUUAACUACACCAGGAACAUCAGGAAUAUAGUGAUUGUCACCAAAAAUAGUCAGAUUCAGACUUGAAGUAAUUUUGUUUAACAUUGAUCAAUCAUUUUUUUAGAAAUCAAUGCCAUCAAGGCCAGUUUCCAGACAUCCCAGAAUCAGCUGUCCAACAUCAAGAGAAAGCUCAUACUUGAAAGGCAGUGGGAGACAGAAAUUGAGAAUGCCAUCAAAGAGGUAUACCAAGAACUUGUCAAAUAUUACGUUAAGUUAAACUUUCUAAUCAUUUUGAAGAGUUAUAUUUCCAUUGUGACCAGCAAAAUGUUUCAUAAUGCUAUUUAAGAUAUAGCAUCAAAGGGGGUAAGGGCUAUGACAUCACUAGGUGGGGGGGGGGGAGCGCACCCAGUUACAGCAUCACAGGGCAGGGACCCCCCCAAAUGACUAUUUUGCCAACUGAUCAGGGUACCAAAUUAGCAAGAUUCCACACGAGUGGAGAGGGGGUGAAUAAUAUGGUAGGUUACCCAUCAAGAGUAGCCGGAAUCAAUUUGCAAAAAGAAAAUAAAUAAGAGUGUAUGAUCGCUUUCAAUCUGAACUCCAGAUCAGACCAAGGGUCAUCAAGGAAAUAGCAAACAAUUAUGUUUGAGGCUAUUCAAGCUAAGCCUCUACUAUUGGCAACUAAAGAAAUUGUAUUGUGUACAAUCCCAAACUGACCACAUUCUAUGAGUUAUCUGAGUGCCAACUUUUAACUGAAAUACCAAGGCGCUGAGGCAAUUAAAAGCUGCAGAUACCGUAUCAAUCUUGUAGAAAGCCAGGGAUUGGUCACUCUUUGGAGUUUUUAAGAGCAAAGCUGCUUGGUAUAUCUUUGAAUCCCUCUCAUCAAGCCUAUGAUUAUUUCUUACCUCUGUGUCUCUUUUGCUUCAUAUGAGAGGAGCUUUUCAAAACUGAAACUUAUAUAGACACAGAACAGUCCACGCUUUCUGAUCUUGCAGUUUUGUCAAUUGAAAAUGAUGUAAAGGAUGUUGAUUUUGAUGAAGUUACUGACAUGUUUGAUGAAGUGAUUGACGUGUUUGAUGGGUGAUUGACAUGUUUGAUGACUGAUUGACAUGUUUGAUGAGUGAUUGACAUGUUUGCAUCUCUGAAGACCAGGAAAGAUAAAUUUCAACGGUUAAGUUCAAUGUUUCAAUUAAAAGUAAUUUUUUUUCUUUUUUAAAACUUUGUUACCGUACCUAAAAUUAUAUGUUUCUUUCUUAGGUUUAUUGUUCAUGGUACUGUGUUAUCUGACUCAGAAUUAAAGCUUUUUAAAAGUUGUUUAAGGUUCCCUAGUUUUUGCGAAUUCAUAGGUUUUGCCAGAAUAUUGUUUCCUAAUUACAAUAAUGUCCUAGUGAUACACUGUCAAUGUCUGUCAUUUUUAUGUUGAGCUGUUCUUGCUGUGCAGAAAAGCAUCGAUGGCAAAAUUUCUAGUAGGUCCACUGAAGCAGUGUGAGUUUUCUGAAAUUAGCUAAAGCCAUAUUAUUUCUUCAAGGCUGAGCAAGAGUUGGGUGUCAAGGUUGAUAGGAGUCUCAUCUCAGGAUUGUCGAACACUUUAGACAAACUGGCCAGCAAGAUUCACAACACUGAAGCAGGUGAGCAAAAAAAAUCUGUUGAUCUUAAGGUGUUUUUACUUCCUGUCUCUGUCAGUGAACUUGAGAUAUUCUAUUCCAUGUUUGGGUCAGUGAACUUGAGAUAUUCUAUUCCAUGUUUGGGUCCGUGUACUUGAGAUGUUUUAAUUUCCUCACUCUCAAUUUUUUUUUCUACUUUUAACAAAUUCUGUUAUGUUAUCAAAAUUACAGUUUCACUCCAUUGGCCAGCUGAAUUCUCGUGUGAUUUUCCUAUUUAAAUGCGCACAAAGUUACAAUUUAUUGCAUUUAUCUGUUCUUGUAACAGAAAUAAAAACAAUGGAUAAAGAAAUUGAAAGAUUAAAACCAGGUGCUGAAAAUGGGGGAGACAAAGAUUUAGAGGAUAAAGAGGGCAAGGUAGAGACUGUAGACCAGGAAGAUGAUGCCAGUGAUGGAGUCAUUGAGGAAGAAUUGGAUGAGGCAGAUGAAGGUAAAUUUAUUAAUAUGUAAUGUUGCUGCUCCUUGGCAUGAUGAUACUGUUUGUCACUUAUUUAGUGCUGUAAUGGAAAAAAUAAAUAUGUUUACAAAGUACCAUAGCUAAUUAGUGCACACACAAAUGUAAGGUUUUAAAACUCACUUGCAAUAUGAUCAUUCAUUGAAUUAAGGUACUCAGUUUGAUGUUUUGUUGAAUUAAAACUCUUUGGGCCAGAUUUUUUUAAUUGUUUUUUUCCACCAGACAGCUAUUGCACUUGGCCCUUUUUCAGCUUAUUCUAGUCUUUAAUUGUGGCCAAUAUUUUUUUUUAAAUUUAUCACAUCUCUGCCCUUACCCAAUGUAUAAUCACCUUGAUAGAGAUAUUUGUAAGUAUUAAUUGUAACCAUAAUGGCAUUUGAUUAACAUGAUAAACAUUUCAGGAUUGCCACAAGACCUUUCAAUGAAAGAAGAGAAAAGUAGCACUGCGGAUCUUGAUGAAAAAGUUUUGGCUCCACCCAAAGUAGGGGCAAAACCAGCUGGUGAGUUUUAGCACCAAGCAGUGAUUCUCAUGUUAAGGUAUUGGGAUGAUUAGUAUUACUCUUGACUCCUGUGGGGGUUGCAAGUGAAAUUAUUUUUUUUUUAAUAAUGUGUUCUUAUACUUAAUAAGUAGCUUUGCUAAAAUUGGUUAUAUGCCAAUGGUGUUAAGUUUCUCUCUCUAACGUAGUUUUUGUUUAUGUAUUAACAAAUUUAUUUAGAAAAGUUGUUCCUUCAGUUAUCAUUUGAGGAAACCAUUGACUUAAAUUUAUCCCAAUAACUUCCCAGGUUCCAAGGACUUGACACAAGAUGUCAGUGAAUCUAGUGAACCCAGCCCAGAUGCCCCUGUGGAGGAGCACUCUAAAGAUGUCCUCAAAUUUACCUCAGAAAGAGAAGAGCAUGAAAACGAUGGUGAGGAUGACAUCCAGGUCACCCUACAGAAAGUGGAAGAUGAUGAUAUUAAGUUACCAAAAGAUGUUCAAAAACUGCUGGAGGAGAGUGUGAAGAAUGAGUUUCAGAAAUACAGAAUGCAAUCUGGUAGGUUCAUUAUCAGGUAGCUUCAUUUCAUUAUCAGGUAAAUCCUGAUCAGGUAGCUUGUAAAGUUGUAACCAGGAAGGUUCAAGUUGGGAAGAUUCUGGCCAUGUAGGUUUUUGUAACAUGUUUUGACCAGUGCUUUGGUCAGACUAAUAUUGAUAAUGUUUUUACUGGCAGUCACUCGGCCACAAGCAAGAACUUUUUCUCAAGAGUGUGAUCAUAACCUCUCCCAAAGUUCUUACCCUCUCCCAUAGGAUAAUAGUCUCUCCCAUUGGAUAAUAGCAUCUCUGAUAGGAUCUUACCCUCUCCCAUAGGAUGAUAGCCCCUCCCAUAUGAUCAUAGACUCUCCCAUAUGAUCAUAGCCUCUCCCAUAGGAUGAUAGCCCCUCCCAUAUGAUCAUAGACUCUCCCAUAUAAUCAUAGCCUGUCCCAUAGGAUCUUAGCCCCUCCCAUAUGAUCAUAGACUCUCCCAUAUCUGAAACAUAGUUUUUCCUCCAGUUAAAAAAAAUGUCAUAAAAUGAUGUUUAUAUAUUGGCCAAAUAUUGAUGAGACUUUACAAAAAACUUUCAGCAGAAACAAGACCGCUGAGGUUGGAUACUGACCACUCCUUCACUAGAGAGAAGACUGUUCAUGUGAUACAACAGGAGGAUGAGGAUGGGAAAACCAACCGGUUUAUAUUUGUUUUUGUGAGUGUUGACAGAUUCAUUGAUAACGCUUAGAGUUAACAGCAUUUAAAAAAUCGUUAUGAUGGUAAAUUUGAACAAAAUCUGACAACCUACAUUACAAUAAACUUGAGGAACAAACUAUUUUUUUCCAAGUUAAAGGGAAUUAUUUCAGAUAUAUUUAAAAUAUCCACCAUUUCUCUCUCUCUCUCUCCUCUCCUCCCCCCUCCCCCACCCAGUGAUUCUUGUUAAACCUUUUUACACACUUUUCCAUUCCAUCAAAUGGAAGAAACCUUAAUCCUUUUUUCAUUUAAAGCUUUUGAGCUAAAGUCAUAAACAAUACUUAACCCAUGAACUUUGCUUGUUAUUAUUCUGUACUGUGCAGGCAAUUCAGAGCUUUUUGAGUGCCUUUGAAAAAUGUGAUUUUUUCCAUACAAAUACUAUAGCUAGACCCCAUAAAGUAUUUAUUUAUUGAAAUUAGACAGAGUGGGGAAUCAUACUUGGCUAUUUUGUUAAUGCUAUUUUACUAUUUUAUACUCUGUGACCUUGACCUUUGAGUGGCCAAGAAUAAUAGAAAAUAAUGAAAUAUUUUCUUUUUAAGUACCGUACCUCAAACUACAAUUUUUUGAAGGCAUAUUAUUAUAAUGUUUAUAUAAUAUGGCAACAUUUUUAUUUAUCUUUUAGAAAAUGUAUUAUUUGCAUAAGUUUUAGUUAUUAAUAGAUUUUUUUAAAAAAUUAUUCUGAUCGCUAUAAUUACGUUCAAGUAACAAAGCAUGACAUAAACAAUAUAAACAUUACUAAAUAGCAAGAAACAGAUAGAAUUUAAAAAGCUGCUAUAUAAAUAUUUAAUCCAUAAAAUGAAAUAUAAGAAAAUAUAUACAGAACAAUAUUCAAUUAUUUUUUGUUUGUACGUUUUCGCUUCAUAAGGCCUUGAUUAGUGACAUGUUCAAGUUGAGUCCUGUUGCUGUGGCAAUGCCUGCUUGAUCUAGGCCUAGGUCUAAUUCGUCCAAAUCCGAACUUUCACUUUUUGAUCCACUAGAAAAAUAAUAGGAAUUUUCAUUGUCUUUGUGUGUCUAUGGAAAAUCAUCUUCCGAAUCACUUAAGUCAUUAACUAAAAUGUUAUCAAAAAGAUUCCUAACUGAUUUAUUUUGUAAGCCAGAUGGUGCAGCUAUGGCCUCAUUCAUUUUGCAAAAAUCUACGAACACAAAUUUGCUUGAUAAAGAUCGUUGUAAAAAUAACUCCAAAGUUUAAAAAAGGACACAGACGACCAAAAAAGGAAGCUCAUUUAUUAAUAAAAGGAAGUAGUUUUAUUUAGUGUAAAAUAUUGGACUGGAAGUUUUUCUUUCAACGCAGUUUUUAUUGACCAACACAGUACAGGAAGAGAAAAUCUGCCGAUUUAAUCAACCGACCAUUGGCCAAUUUAAUCAACCGACCAUUGGCCGACCACAGUUUGUGGGUUAAAGUUUCAGAUUUAACCACCCUAUUUUUUUUUAGCUGUUUGCACUUCCAAAAAAUCCAGUCCAUGAAAAAAUCCAUCCUGUAGACAGAAAACCAUCAAUAAUUUAAAAACUAAUGUUCUGAAAAUCUUGGUUUUGUAGUCAAAGGUAAAUUAAAAGAAAGUAGAUUUGAACCAUGAAACUUUUAAGACAUUUUUUAAAUUCUUAUUUAGCUCAAGUUCAUAAAAUGAAAUAACACAGCUUCAGCUCAGUUUCUUUUAUGACACAAAUGAUGCGAACCUGCUUUAACAACUCAGUAAUGGCGAUCCACCUGAAGUAGAAGUUUGUUAUUAAUUCAUUAAUUGCAAUAAAAAUAUAGAAAGACUUUAAAUGAAUCAAAAUAAAGACCUGAUAUCCCAAAGCUGUUAUUUCAGUCUUCUGGCCAAAAAUUUCAUCCGUUAGUUCAGUCCUCUGACCAUACGUUUCAUACCCCAAAGCUGUUAUUUAGGCCCUCCAACCAUGCAUUUAUAUCUCAUAGCUGCUAUUUCAACCCUCUGACCAUGCAUGCCAGUUUUGAAAGCCGUAAAUACAAUGGGUAAAGAGGUAAAAAUGUUUGUCUUGAGGAACCUAUCAUAGAACAGGCCUGCACAACUAAAAAUUUAAGGUGGGCCAUAUUACUUUAAGAAAAGCUUGUGCGGGCCAAAGAAAAUAGGACAGGACGUGUGAGGGCCAAAAGAAAAUAGGUCGGGGGAAGCUAUUAAUAAAAUAAUAAGAAUAAAAAAUAUUUACUUCGCGGGCCACAAAGUGGGUGCUGGUGGGCCGCAUGAGGCCCAUGGGCCAUAUGUUGUGCAGGCCUGCUAUAGAGUGUGGUAAGCUACAUUCACAGUAGAUGUAAAAAGUGUUUAUAAAACUGGUUAUGCUCGACUACAGGUGUUUGUUUUUCUCUUUCAGGGAUUCAAUUCAUUUGGCGAUGAAAAUGCAGAGCAAGAUCGUCAGUCUGCAUUGGAGGAAAAUUAUGGCUUUGUUUAUAAAGGGAAGAAAAGUAAAAAGAAUAUUGAUAUUAGAAGUUAACUGAUAUAACUAGUGUAUCCUUAUCAGUUGAAUUUUCCCUGCAAGAAAUAAUGUAGUGAAUCUAUGAGUAUCAAUAACUACUUUAAUGAUUUAAUUGACAAAUCGAGAUCUUUGCUGCCAGCUCGGUUUUAGUUCUUUUUUCUAUUUUUUUUUAAAUUCUUCUCUAUGCCUGUAUGCAAUAAGUAGAGACAUUGUUUGAAAUAAACAACAAAAUAUGAGCUCUCAUUUUAGCUUUCAGGAGUGUAUGCUAAUGUUUCUUACAUAUCAUUGUUUGAUUUUUUAUCAUUACGUUCUGCUGUGAGAGGCUGGAUAGAUAGCUUUGACACUAGUUGUUUUUUGGUUUUUUUUGGUGUUUUUUUUAAAUUUUUUAAGAUUUCAGUUUAUUUUAAUGAGGCUAAUCAAAGUCAAAUGUUUCUCAAUCCUUUGUAAUUAUAUUGUAGUACACAGGAGAGAACAGACAAUAUGUUUAAAAGGAGCAUAGGGAAUAUCUGAUGUAAGAUUUUGAAAUUGUUUUCAAUUUUUUCCUUCACCUUCUUCUGUUUGUUUUGUUUGACUUCUUUUAGAGAGUAGAAUUUUUAUCACGCAUUUUCUAGAUAAUUUUAAUAUAUGUGAAAAUUUGAAGUUAAGAGAAUCAUUUCUUACUCUCAUAUUUUGAUUUAAAUAUUACUUGAGCAAUAACGAGUAAAUACUAUCAGUUUCAGUUAAGCAUGAUUUUUUGGACUUCUCCAAGUGUUUUAAACCAAAUUUGCCACAUGACAGAAUGUUGAACCCUAGUAAACAGCUCCCAGUAGGGGGGCUGUAUUAUUAAAAUGGGGAAUUUUUGUGCUCUAACGUUGACAUUUUUUUUUUUAUCAACAAAAGCUAGAACCAGAAAAAUAUAAAUUUUAAUUUUUGGUUAUAUUUGUGUUCAUUUAACAUCAGAAUAAAAGAAAUCCCAAUUUAAUGUGGCAAUAAACAAAAAUGUACAACUACUGUUAAUAAUAAAAAUGUGCUUGUCAGUUAUGCAUUUAUCUUAACAAAGUUACUCAUCAUAAGAUUUUCAAACUGAGUACAAUAAUUCCUCGGCCGGCCAAAACUGUGCACAAUUUUGUUCAAUCGUGAUUUUUUUUUUUAUUUGAUUAAAGUUUAUGCUGCUUUUAGAUGUUGUAAGAUGAGCUUGAGAUUAGAGAGAAAGAAAAAAAAGUUCCAUUCAGAAGGUUAUGUUUAUUUCUGCACUUUUAAGUGUCAAAGAUAACGUUUAUCACACAAAAUUGUUUUUAUUUGAAUGGAUAUUCCUGCACCAAAAAGAAAUAUGGACUCAAUGUAGAAACUAACUGCCUUUCAGUUGCUGGCUUGCAACCAUCACAGUGAAUAUAUAAUGGAGGGACUGUAAGCAGCUACUCUGAUGUACAUAGUUGCACUGAUUGUGCAAGCAUUAUUUAUUUACUCUUCUUUGCCAUACUUUUAAGUGAGGUAUUGGUUUUUCU